CGAAACCGUGAAGAGGAAGUAUCUUGCAGCUUGUGCGUGAAACGGAAACGUUGAUGGUAAGAAGCAGAGAAAUGUCUGCAUGACUAAUGUACGAGGUAACGGUAACAGUUAGAUGAAAGCUUGUAGAUAGAGGAAGAUCAUCUGGGACAGUGUGCACUCUUCGACUGUGGCGGUAAUACACUGUUGGCCACUGUGAACCAAAAGAGGCUUGCAAGAUUAUUAAGCUGUCUCAGCCAAGCAGUGUGAAUCCAGAGCGGUCUAACACAUCAAAGCUUCAACACCUGGAUCGCUGUAUGCUGGAGUGCUGGUUCGUGCACAUGAGAAGAAAAGAGCCAACGGCCGUUUGAGAUCCGAUAUGUCAACGGUAACCGCUACAGCAUUUGACAUUACAAGGACUAUUACAUCUCAUGAAAGCGAAAACCAUGUCCGCAAUCAAACAGGGCAGUGCACCCCAAUGCCUCUACCUGCCUUAGGUACUUUAAAGCUCAUAAAAGGUAAUGGCACAAACGUGGGCACGGAGAUCUCCUUUCAGUGCCCAUCCAAGCACCGGCUGGUUGGAGAUGGCGUGGUGUCCUGCAUCUGGAACAGCAACAGCACCCAGUGGACAAGUGGCACGCCCUGGUGCAAACCUCUGUCUAAGUAUGAGGACUUUGGAUUCAGGGUGGCUGUGAUCGCCUCCAUCGUCAGCUGUGCCAUAAUCCUGCUGAUGUCCAUGGCCUUCCUCACCUGCUGUCUGCUCAAGUGUGUGAGGAAGCAGGAAAGGAGGGCUCGGGCCAGGGAGACACAGCUAUGGAACCAGAUGGAGCGUGAGGAACUGGCAGAGAUGCAGGCACUGUAUUAUGGCUACAAGGGCAGGAACAACAACAACAAUGCAAGCAAGCCGAAGGCACUAAGGGAAGAGUCCCAUAACCUGGCUGGGUGUGACAAUAUGGGCUUCUGCAGGUGUCACUAUGAUUACCCGUUUGCAAUGGGCGGACUUGCACACUCCGCCCCGGGGCUGGUGUGUGGCCCUGCGCCUUUGACUGUCCCAUACGGGGGGCGUGACCCAUCCGUCGUCCUGCCCGUUCAGAGCCCGGCCCCGCCUCGCGGCUGUGGCCCUCCAGGGAGCAGAAUCGCGGCUGUGAGCGGCCCUCACACGGGCAACGUUUACCGGAAGUGCAGACACCCGCGGUGCACUCACGAGCACGCUCGGCACGGCAUGUCUGUUUGAGGCAGAGAAAGCAGCCAGUGAACGGGCAGUGCCCAAGCAGAGACCAGGCAGCACUGCACCGGAGCAAUGCACUCGUGCCUUAAACUCAACUUUAACAGACUGAACACCGUGGUCCCUCCCACAGGAUCUACAGAGAGUGUUUUGCACUUUUAAUGGGAAACCUGCCUUUCGCCAGGAGGAAUAUAUUUUUUUAUUAUUUACUGUCUGUUUUGGUUCCUUUCGAAGAGUCACAAUGAUAAUGACGUUUUUUAACAGGAUAUAAGAAACUUAAUGGAAUACAAAGAAUAGAACCAUUCAAAGGCCUGGGACAUCCUUUUUUUUUUGCGUGUGGAAGAGAAUAUAAAUGCAAAUCAGUGUAAUUAAACUGAUUUUGCGAAAUAACAAUUUGCUUGCAGAAUCUUAGAAGUUACAACAAUCUGUGAAAAGUGGAUAAAUUGUCAGUGCUGUUAUGUGAAUGAUGUUUGGAGAUUCUUUUCAAUGUUAUUUUUCUGUUGAACUGUUGAACUAUAAAAUGACAGUGAUUGAUACAUAAAACCUAGGCUCAAAUUUUCCUAUGGAAAACAUGCCAGAAGUGACAAAGGCCUGACAACUGAGGAACAUCUAUGCAGUUGGUUUAUUUCCAGCACCACAGUUUUAACACUUUGUAUUUCUGAGUUAUUUGUACUUGGAAUACUGUGCUUUUGUGUUUGCAGAAUAAAAUAAUCAUAUUAAA